AUGGCUGAGACGAACUCAAAAUGGAUGCGGUUUGAUUGCUCUUUCCUGACGGAACGGCCAUCAUCGAUGUAUCUGUGAGCGACCGCUGAUGUCUGCGUCUUGUUUUUAUUAUGAGGCUCUGCGGUCCGAUCGGAGAAUUCGGUUCUGACUCAAAGUUCGGCUCGGAACCCGGUUUCAGAUGUGUCAGCUCAGCAGUUGGUGCUGUGAAAUGGGAUUAGCCUUCUUCUGCGCGCGUGUCAGCAGCUGCGUUGGUUCUUUUUGACGUGCUGCCAUUUUGUGUUUGGAAAAAUGACGACAGGAACCAUCACGAGUCCUGCUGGAGUCCGCUUCUGACAGCUGGAAUCUGGAUCUAAACUGGACGGCUGGAUAACUCCAACAAUGCUCGCCAUUUUUGUUGCCCCGUUGAUGUUAGGUGAGGGACUAUAGCAAGAUAGAGUGUAAGUACACGAGAGACUGGAAGGGGGACGGGCUUGCUCCACACUAACAGUCCCGCCCACUACUCAGAGGUGGGGACCCACAGUUCUGCAAUUGGAUGGCUCAAAAACAGCAGUAGCUACUGUUGUUUAUUUUAACUAACCGUCGUAAGUCCACCCAUUAUGUGACUUGCCAAUCACGUGAAUGCUACCAUGGAUACUUGUGCUCGCAUCCGAGGAGUCACGCUGAGGUCCCGGGCUGCCUUACGGAAAGAGACUGUGUGCGAAGGGAGGGCGCAGUCUGCAAAGAGCCUCUUCAGGAGCCGAAAGGAGCUCUGCAGUGUGGGACUGGAACCCACAACCAGAGACCCCCCUGCAGGAGUGACGGAGAUUCAUUUUGUGGGUCUUCCUGGACCAUGUGAAGGAGAGGAGCUCACCCAAAAGGCUCUGUCAUCCCUGCCUGGGUGGCUGAGUGAGCUUCUCAGGUCUGUUCAUGUUCACAGUCUUAAAAGCGACGAGGUUCUGCUACUUAAAGACCCCCGCAGACUGGUAGAACAUCGAGACGCCGAGCUGCAGGGUGGCUUAAAGACUCUGUGUGUUCUUAGGUUGAAUCCCAGCACGAAUGCCCAUUCACAGAUCAGUUUAGUGUCUUUGAUGGGCCUGUUGGGGGGCUACAUGUCUGGGAUCCGCUACGUUCUGGAGCUCCAGGCUCUACAAGGUAAAACACCUGAGUCCAGCCAACCUGAAGGAGAUGAUACCAACCAAUCAGUGUCGUCAAUCGAGGAUGACUUUUUUACAGCGCUGGAGCAUCUAGAGGAGGAUGAGAAUGGAGAGAGUCCUUCUUGUUGUCAUUUCAAAAAGCGUGAUGUAGCAUCACAGACUAUUCCAUGCCACAAGAGAAAGAAAGAACUGUCCCAUGCUCGUGUUAUCACAAGCUCAUUGUCCAAGAAAACUUCAUCGAAGAUCAGACCUGGACCAGACUUACCCAUCACCAUGGAGGGUUUGUCAUCAGAGGUCGAAUCUCAGUGGCUUCACUGCAGUUCUGGAGCACCUCUACCAUCGUGUUUUAUACAAGGCAGUGAAUCUGAGGAGUCCAACUGUUCAAGCCCCAGUCCCAUCAUAUUCCUCGAUGACAUAGGCUACCAAAAGAGCCUGUUGGCCAAGCUUGAGAUCCCUCAGGUACCUGGGGGACCUAGGGACCGGGUAGAAGACUCAGACUCUGAAGUGAGUGAGUUCUUUGACAGUUUUGACCAGUUUGAUGAUCCAGAGGAGCUGAGCUCAGAUAGCUGUACACUCACUCUGCCCUUUGACCCCACCAGUGUCUCAGGCAAACAGAAAGAAACUACUGAAGUCUGUUCCAGUGUACCAGUGUCUAAAUAUGUGUCCAGGGGUUGCUCAACCAAGGUUUUGAAUCUCCACUUUUUUGACCGGCCAACUCUUCCAGCCAAUGUGAAAAAACCCACUCCUCUGAAACCUGGCUCUCCCUACACAAUUAACUCUGAUGUCCCAGACUCUCCACGGCUGGUACAAACCCCUUCUGAUGAUAAUGGAGGUCUUCUCUUCAGUCCUGUAAGUUCUUCUGCCUUCAGUCCUCUGGUAGAGUCAGGUGGACCACUUGAAUACUUCUGGAAGACGGAUGGGGAUGGACAGAACAAUGCAGAGAUACAUAAACCUCGACAUGUCUGCUCUCUAUAUAAGACUUACUCAGAUUUUGCAAGCAGUCUGUCUAAAGAAAUUCUGGGAUCUGUAUGUGGCUACCAGUCUGCUGUUGAUAUCAGUGAAAACAGGAACCUAAGCUGUGUCUGCCACAAGGAGUUCUCAAAUCCAUCAGGCUACCUUAUGAAGUUGUCAGACAUGCAAGAGAUGGUAACGGUGGCCAAGCUGCAGAAGAAGUCCCAGUCUCUGAAGGAUGGCAUACAGAAGUUUGCUUCUGACCUAGUUGAGAUGAGCCUAGGCAGUGCCUUGCGAGACUUUCAAAAGGGGGUAUCCUCUUGCACCACCACCUUGUGUCAGCUAGCUGCUAGGCUCACCUCUUCGAUUUUUCAGAUGGCCUUCCGUGAAAUAGGAAUGCGACAUGAACAUGUGUUAAAGCAGAGAGCUAUCGAUGGAUUAGCCGGAUUUCUUGUUGGUGAGGCUAUUUCUGGUGCGUUGAAGGAGUUCCUCACCGUGAGAAAACAGACUUUCCACAGCAUGGUGACACAAUUUGCCAGUGAUUUAGCUGAAGAAUUGGUGUUUGAAGGUUUGAUGGAAGUGUGUCAGUUCUCCCACACUUCUAACCUCCUUACUCCUAAGGAUUGGUCUUUCGGCCAAAAGCCAGAGGAGAAGGGGCAAAAGGGAAAGAUUGUCUCCUCUUAUGCUUUGGACUUGUCAGAGUCUGUAAUCCAAGACGCUUUUAUAGAGUUGUCCAAGGCUAAUGUAACUUUCACCAGCCAAGCAGCCAUUAGUGUCUCUUUGGACAAUAUCUGCUAUGUUAGUCCACAGAGCAGCAGCACUCACAUUUGCAGCUCCCUUGCUAACCACCAGAUGUCAGACUCAGGCUCCACUGAGGGGUCCUCUAGAGAAAGUGUUACUUUCACUGUAAAAAAUGCUUUAUUCUCAGUAUCAGGCACAGCUAGCUGUAUACCUGUGCCACAAGCAGGUCAAGCCAUCUCCCAUUUUCAGAAAAAUGAAGAGACCUGUCAGUCCAAGUUGACAGAAAGUUCAAAACUCUCCCACCAGAGAGCAACUGCACUGGGUUUUGAAAGCACCACAUCUACAAUCCCUCAUAGCUUCUGCCCUGAAAGCCAGAUCACUAUAACAGGAGGGGACCACCAAUGGUCUCAACUCCAAAACUUCUCUGGCAACAUGGUAGACAUAAUAGUGACUGAGGCUUGUGGGCUUAUAACUGCCUCCAAGAUAAAGAGUGUUGAUGACUACGCAAAUGUACUGACACAUUCAGUUGGAAGACAAAAAGGCAGUAUGUCAAAGGAAGGCAAUGCAGAAUCUCCUCAGCUGGCAGGUGAUAGGCAGAGGUCUAGAGAUUUGUGUUCGCCACAUAUUGGUUGUCAUGCUUCUCUCAUGUCAUUUCAAAUGGGCUCCUCUGACCUUGGGAGACUUCCCAGUGUGGUGGAUCCAGAAUGUAUGGGUGUUGCUGAGGAACAUCAGGUAAUGACUGACAACCUUGAUUUGCCAAGGAAGGCUGGAACUGAACACAGCAAAAUAUCCAAUCGUUUGGUUUGCUGUGCUCCAGGGUCUUGUCAGAAAUCUGGCAAUACUCCAGGCACUCCUCCGUCCACUCCUCAACAGCUCAGGGAAGUCUCCAAUGAGAGACAAAUAAAAUGGUUCUCCAAGAAGUUAAAAAGCAAGCUUGCCAAGGAAUUUUCUCCUGCAACACCACCUCCAACUCCUCACUAUCAACAUGAGCCUGGUCCUGAGCCAAAAUCCAAUACACCAGAAGCAGACAAAGCCGAAUUCAUGGUCAGUCUGAUAAGGUCUCUCUCUGAGGAGAUGGACAGUAUUGAAGAUUUUGAAGAUGAAGAACCAGAAGACAAAGAAAGUGUUAGUAUCACUAAGAAAUGCUUAGAGUCAGAGAAUGCCAGACAUGAGCGACUAUUGUCUUGCAGAAUAUCCAACAAUGAAGCCCUCCACUAUGCUAAGCGACUGGCAUGUCACAUCGUCUCUAUGGCAACAGAAAUUGACACCUUGGAGGGAUCAGGAGAUCAGAAUGUUAUUAAAAGCAGUGAAAGAACAGCAGACAGUGUGGCUCAGUUCUCGGAGCAGACACUAAACGCUUUGUGGGUAUAUGCUGGUGAAGUAGCUGGAGAUGUCAUUAACGAUGUGAAAAGUAUGGUAGGCUCUGGAAAGCAAUGUCCAUACUGCAAAACACGUCGAAGAAGAAGCUUUGAAAGAUCAAGUUCAGAAGGCUUACUUCAUUUUAACCAACAACAGUCUUUACCUGAUACAGAUAAGAGCAGAGACUGCAGGUUAGGCAGACUGGUUGAGCAUUGGUCUAAUGACCUGAAUUCCACCUCAGUAUCCAGGUUUACCAAUACAAAUUCAAGUGUUAUCUCCAGCUCUAGCUCUGGUCUGUCAUCUGAAUAUCCCAGCUGUGAAAGUGUGACAGAUGAGUAUGCUGGCUACCUCAUCAGAGUGCUGAAAAAGGAGGGUGGCAGCAGAGAGUUGGUCCUGGAUCAGUAUGCAAGUCGACUGGCUUACCGUUCUAUAAAACUGGGCUUGGGUCAUGCUAGUCAUAAGAUAAAGCAGAAAUGCUCUAACACCCGUCUGCACUCUUCUAAUUCUAAACUGAAAGCUUCCGGUCAUCAGGUCUUAUCACCCAAAGACAGAAAAGAGUCUGUGUCUUUUCAGACUGCUGAUGAAACUCUGUGCUGUUGCAAGGAUUUGGAAGAACAGAACAAAAGGAAUUACACAGAACUUGUUAACUUUGCAGAGUCUUUAGCUUAUAACAUCACAUGUGAUGUCACACGCAAGUUGCAUGUGUCCUCAGUGCGACUCCCAAAGUCCCUCACUGACUCAUGUCUUUAUAAGAAAUCUACACAUGAAGAAGUGACAGACAAUUGUAUCAGGAAUUCCUUCUCCUCCCCAGUAUUGUCCAAAGAAAGUGGGAACAGACAGUACCACAGCACAGGAAGCCUGCAUGAUGUAGGGUACAGUGGCAGAGUUAUGCAAGUGAUUGAGCAUUAUGCAAGGAAGAUAGUGGAUGACACCCUAAAAAUGAGUCUGACUUCUGUUGGAUAUAUACCGCGGGAGCCCCUUAAGGGCCAUGGCCACGACAGGAAGUCCCACACUUGGAGGUUCCACGAGAGGACAGUGGGGGCGCAGCAACUAGAAGAACGAACCUGUCGUUAUUGUCAGCUUCAAGAGUGUCCCUAUUGUACCAAGCUAACGAAACAGCACUGCCUGCCCAUAUUUCAACGAAAAAAACGAGAUGCAGAAUCUCUGGCAGCACCUGAUCGUCUGUCUAGUGUGCAGAUUCCCCAAAUCCACAUCAACCUAGACCACAGAGCAGUGUUUGCUGAAGAAAUGGUGUCAGCCGCAAUGGAGACAGCUAAACGGGAGCUAAGCAACACCAGCCUCAACGCAGACAGUGGCAUCAGCCACGAUGGUCAUAGCUACGCCGAGAGCCUGACUGCUGAGAUUAUGACGUCAGCGAUGUCCAACGUCUGUCAGGCGUCUGCCUUCAGUUCACCAGGGAGGGAUGUUACUGAGUCCACCUUGUCCCAGCAGCUGAGUGUUGGAGACGACAGUCUGGGCAGCUGGUCCAACUUGAGUUUUGAAGAUGAUCACCUUGAUGACAACAGCAGCUUUCUUCAUCUCAGUGACAGUAAUGGAAACAGCAGCAGCUGGAGUAGUCUGGGUCUGGAGGGGGAGAUCUGUGAGGAGCGUCUGUCCUUCUCCCCGUCAGACAGUGACAAUGGAGAGGAGAAGGAGGUGGACUUGAGGGAGGAGUCCAGUGGGACCCUCUGUGUGGACCCCCCUCCCAGAGCCACGCUCCUCGUGCUGAACUCCGAGGUGACCCAGCACCGGGGUGACCCCCAGCUCAGGAGCAUGUUGCAGUGGGCGGCGGCCUCUGUGGCGGACGUGCCGCACAUCCAGCUGUUCCCCGACAGAGAGCUGCAGCAGCUGCCGGUUGUGGUGCAAAGGCUGCGAGAGAGGAGGUGGAAGGUUGGCGAUCUGCUGCACUCGCUGCUGCGCUACUGUGAAGAAAGCCAGGUGCACCGACCCCUCCACACCAGAGAGGAGGAGCCACCGGAGGCAGCAGGGCUCCACCAACCCCCCCUCUUCAAGUGGUUGCUGGAGCACUCCUAAAUGUCCACAGACCACACCCCCCCUCUGUUCGUUUACAUCAUUUGCUGCUUGUGCCCCCCUCCAUCCCAUCAACUCUAGUCCUGCCAAACUGCCCGGCAGUUUGCAGACAGACUGGUUGAAAGCUGCAGGUGACUGAAAGAUUCAGCUGGCUGCCCCGCCCCCACCACAAGCUCAGGCAGAAGCGUGCUGCAUUUAGUGUUUCAAGACAACCCCCCACUGUGAUCACUCGUUUACACCCCGCUAACCUGCACUGUCUUCACCUGCUCACCCCGCCCCACCCUGCACUGCACACUUCUGGAUAAAUGCAAGUAUUUCUUGAUGUAUUUUUGUGUUGGGACAGCAGGGGGCGCUGCAGCUGUAAGAACAUCCUCAGAGAAGGUCAGUGUUGAGCUGUCUGCUGCAGAGUCCUUCCUGCUUUCCUCUUCUGCUGCCAAAAUGGUGGAAGCCUGAAGGUGUUAGCUCUAUGAUGUUUACACAGUGUUUCUGUGCACGUGCACACUCAUGCACCUCUGUGCAAAGGGUGGGAGCCUCCCCCUGCACUGGCUGACCCUCCUAUGUUUUCCAGGGACCCAUGCUCAGAUUUCUGCAGCUUUAUUAGAUUCCUACUUGAACUACGAAAUGAAAGGAUCAUUCCACAGGUCGACCUCUGACCCUAUUGACCUCUGACCCUAUUGACCUCUGACCCCAUCGACCUCUGACCCUCUUGACCUCUGACCCUAUUGACCUCUGACGCUCUUGACCUCUGACCCUAUUGACCUCUGACCCCAUCGACCUCUGACGCUCUUGACCUCUGACCCUAUUGACCUCUGACCCCAUCGACCUCUGACCCCAUCGACCUCUGACCCUAUUGACCUCUGACCCUAUCGACCUCUGACCCCAUCGACCUCUGACCCUAUUGACCUCUGACCCUAUCGACCUCUGACCCCAUCGACCUCUGACCCUAUUGACCUCUGACCCCAUCGACCUCUGAUCCCAUCGACCUCUGACGCUAUUGACCUCUGACCCCAUCAACCUCUGACCCCAUCGACCUCUGACCCUAUUGACCUCUGACCCUAUUGACCUCUGACCCCAUCAACCUCUGACCCCAUCGACCUCUGACGCUAUUGACCUCUGACCCCAUCGACCUCUGACCCUAUUGACCUCUGACCCCAUCGAUCUCUGACUCUAUCGACCUCUGAACCCAUCGACCUCUGACCCUAUCGACCCCUGACCCCAUCGACCUCUGACCCCAUCGAUCUCUGACUCUAUCGACCCCUGACCCCAUCGACCUCUGACCCUGUCCUUUAUGAGGAUUCAGUCUGGUCCAUUCUGUAUGUGGGUAUAUCAGAGAAACAGUCAUUUGGAUCAAUCAUAAAUCAGGACCCUUUUUGUUUUUUGCACAAGUUCUCUGGUUCAGUGGUGAACCAUGAAGAAAUGAAACUUCAGGAGGGAUUGGGGGGGUUGGUUUACCUUAAAGGAAUGUAUAAAGGCCAUUUGAAGCCCCCGCCUGCAGGCGUUCAUCUGCUCCACAUUCCCGUGCAGCGCCGUCAUUUUGCUUGUGAAACUUGAUUGUGACAUGAACGUACUGUAAAUCUGUAGGCUGCUGCUGUUCCAGUGCUGCUGUCUGCCCCGCCCCACCCUCCGUAACCUCCCGACCCCCCACACGCCCUCCGUCCCCGGCUUCCAUCCGAAACCCUGAAGUAGAUAUUUAAUAAAAUGUGUGACCUGUCCUCUGCAGCCAUGUUUCUGUUCAUGCUUGUUGUGACAAUAAAGCUUCUUGUGGUCCAAA